CAAAUAUAAAGUCACAUUACUAUGAAAUUAAUGUUUAAUAGAGUAAGCCAUACGGCAAUCUUUUGUAGAUGAGUGAAACUGUACGGUGGUUCUUUUCUUUUUCUUUUUGUCCGGGUGUUCUGCUAUUAUGUACCAGAGUAGAGAGUAAUAUAUAUGAGAGGCGAGCCUUCAUAGCAUUGCAUUCGAAAGUUAGCUUAUCCUCGUGUUUCGUGGUUUCAAUGGAGUUUCAUGAUCUCCUUUGUAUCUUUGCUUUUUUCUGUCUGCUACUAGAAGGAAGCAAUGCUUCUCUGCCUGCUGAAGAGUAUUGGCAUUCCAGGUUGCCAAAUACUCCAAUGCCACAAGAACUGCAAAAUCUUCUGCAGCCUACCGAAAGUACUUUCUGGAGUAUGGGCUUCAAUAAAUCUGGAGAAGAAAACCACAAAGCUUUUGCGGAAGGCUCGGAUGAUGCAGGACAAAAACAUAGAAAAAGAUAUGUCCCUUCUUCUGCGAGAGGCAUGUUCAAAUUUGACGCUUUUUUUGAGAAAGGCCUGUUCAAAUUUGAUGUUUCUGUUUCGGCAACAUUGGACGAUGCAAGACAGAGACAUGGGAAAAAGCAUGAUGCUUCAUUUGUGGAAGACUUGGAUGACAAGAGCACAUCUCGUAAGAGGAAAUCCCAGAAACACGCUCUCUCUAAUUCAACUGUAUUCUUUUUAUACAAUAAUCUCCAUAUUGGUCAGAAGAUGAAGCUUCAUAUUACUAAACCAACAAACAAAGCCAAGAUUUUGCUUCGUCAGGUUGCCGAAUCCAUCCCUUUUUCAAGUGACAGGUUCUUGGAAAUCCUGCAGCAGUUCUCAAUAAAACCUGAAUCAUUGCAAGCCAAGAUCAUCAAGCGAACAGUAGAGGAUUGUGAGUCGUCAGGUAUGGAAGGGGAAGAUAGAUUCUGUCCCACGUCUUUGGAAUCAUUACUUGAUCUCACUAUUUCACGUAUCGGAAAUAAAGUUGAGCUACUAUUUAAUGAGAUAGAUAAGCCAACCAGAAUGCAGGACUACACUAUCACAGGAGUCAACAUGGCAGGAGAAAAUCAAGUUGUUUGCCACAAGCAGAAAUACCCAUAUGCUGUCUAUUCCUGUCGAUCAAUAAAUGCCACUAAGGUAUUUAGGGCUUCAUUGGUUGGUGCUGAUGGCACAACAGCUAAAGCAGUAGCAGUAUGUCACUCAGAUACCUCAAAUUGGAAUCCAAGGCAUUUGGCCUUAUUGAUGCUUAAUAUCAAACAAGGAGGACCAAUUUGCCAUUUUAUUAGAAGUGAUACAAUUGUCUGGAUUUCUAAUGAAGUUCUUAAGGAAUCUUCUAGUAAUACCAAUCUUUCGGUUUAAGACGCAGUUUUUGCAAUAAGCCACCUUUUACUUGUGCUUCUUCUGUCUUCUUGUAAUGUUUGCUUAUAUGUAUGCAAUUAUCCUUGAAAUGAUGAAGAAACAUAUGCAUAGGCAUAAUGCUACACUAA